AUGUUGAGACUCCUCCGAGCUCGCAGCAGGAGUUUGUUUCCCGGAUACAAAUCAGACAGCAGAACAGUCUUCAAGGAACCAAGCAAUUAUGGGAAUCUAACCAGGAUCCUUGUGAAGCCAUGGAAUUCUAUGCAGGAACUAGGGCGAGAUGUUUAUGAUCUUUAUGCUGAGGAUGAAGAGGAGUAUGCAUCGCCACCUCGCACGCUGCUGUCGCCUUCAGAGCACUUCACACUCAACAUCAAUGUUGGUGGAACGGUGUACCACCUGCCCUACAGGUUAGUUGUCAGAUAUCCCAAAACACGGAUUGGCCGCCUUGCCACAUUCACAGACCACAACAGGAAGCUGGAACUAUGUGACGACUACAUUGUGCACAACAACGAGUUCUUCUUUGAUCGGGACCCCACUGUUUUCCAAAAUAUCUUCAACUUUUAUAGGACCGAUGUGUUAUGGAUUAAAGAUGAGCUCUGCCCUCGUAACUUCCUGGAGGAGAUCAGUUACUGGGGGGUCAGGCUCAAAAACAGCCAACGCUGCUGUCGCAUCUCAUUCGAGGAGAGGCAGGACGAGCUGAACGAGCAUCUGAAAAUACAGAAGCAGCUUAUGGCAGAGGUGGAGAUUAUGGCAUUGGAGGAAGAUGAGGCCUUGUAUCAAAACAUGAUCUUUGGACGCACCCGCUGGAAGAUCUGGAACAUGAUGGAAAAACCCUUCUCUUCUGUUUCUGCCAAGUUGAUGGCUGUUGCAUCUGCCAUGUUUGUCCUGAUCUCACUGGUUGCUAUGACGCUAAACACCGUCGAUGAGAUGCAGUAUAAGACGCCAUCAGGACAGCUCAGCAGCAGGUUCUACGGAGAUCACGUGGAGAUUUUCUGUAUCGCUUUCUUUACGAUGGAGUACAUUCUCCGCUUGCUGUCUACGCCCAACAUCAGAAGCUUUGGACGCAGCGUCCUAAAUUCUGUCGACCUGAUUGCCAUAUUACCACACUACCUGCAGAUUGUCCUUGAGUGUUUCGAUGAAGAGGAUACACAUAUGCAUUCUGGAGACAUUGAAGCCAUGACACGUGUUGGGAAGUUGGGUCAAGUUCUGAAGAUUAUGCGAUUAAUGCGGAUCUUCAGGAUCCUGAAGCUGGCUCGUCACUCAACAGGCCUCAGAGCCUUCGGCUUCACACUGAGACAUUGCUACCAGCAGGUGGGCUGUUUGCUGCUCUUCAUUGGCAUGGGGAUCUUCAUGUUUUCAGCCAUGGUGUACACGGUCGAGCGUGAUGUUCCUAACACCAAUUUCACCUCCAUGCCGCUUGCGUGGUGGUGGGCAGCUGUAAGCAUUUCCACGGUGGGCUACGGCGACAUGCUCCCAGAGACCAACCUGGGCCGCGUCUUUGCCUUCGCCUGCAUCGCCUUCGGCAUCAUCCUCAACGGUAUGCCCAUUUCCGUCCUCUACAACAAGUUCUCCGAUUACUACGGCAAGCUCAAGUCGCAAGAGUAUGCCGCCAUUACCAAGGCCCGCGGCGAUGUGCAGUUUGCCCGAAGAGCUGCCAAGAAGUUUGCAGAAUGUUAUCAGGACAGCCUUCAUUUGAGAGUGUCACGGCUGCAGUGUCAACACAUUGAGACAGAAGAGAGCACUAAUGGCAGAAGGCUGUUAUGGCCACAUUGACAACUCAUGGCUGUGACUUUUAUUUACAAUUACAACCUUACAAAUCACCUUUGACCCCUAGUAAAUUGUUGGACUCAUUCUGAAGGACAUAAUAUAAUGAAAAUCAAGACAUCUUUUCCCAACUUUGUAAUAGCAUCUUUCCUUUCUUCUAAAUGUCAAAUUGUCUGGAGGAGAACCAAUACUGCAAGUGAGGCAUGUCUAACGAGUUUGCAAGCAUGCUAAGAGUACAUGAGGGAGAUGCACUAUGAAGGCGAGCUAAUGUGUAAUGGAGACAAGUGUGUGAUGCAUGUAGGUGCUAACAAACUGCCCAGAUGGAAUCUUUACAUGCAAUGAAUUUGUCAACAUUUCAAAGACAACUGUAAUUAAAAUCAAUUGAAACUUUACAUGAAAAUAUGAUCACAUUUUAUAAAA